GGCAGAACGUAACUGUCGCUCGUGUUAGUCGUGCUCGAUCGGUGGAACGGAAUUUCAUACAGCGACAACAACGAAAUCGUUGCGUGCUAUCCUGUGAUCGAUUGAUCGGUUGCGAAUGAUCCUCACCGAAGACCACGAAGAUCGAUGCGACUCUUGAGAGACGUGCAGACCGCACUCGGUGGAUUGUUGAUUAUGGACCGCGCAAGAGGAAGCUUCGUAAGAUGGGCAGCAUUCGUACUUUACCUAUCGUCGACAGCUUUCGGGCAAGUGAACUUGCCACCGUACGAUGGUAGGAACAAUGACAUCGGCCGACAGCCAUUGGACGUGCCACCGUACAGAAACGAUGACUUCGGCCGACAGCUUCCGCCCGAGCCAGAUUACCGGAACAUUUUAGCUAGAUUAGAUUUCCUCGGCGCGGAGAGAUGUAGCGCUAACGUGGCUGCUCAAUGGGCAUACGAAACCAACGUCAACGACAUCACGCAGUUACAAGCGCUGGAUGCCCAACGAGCAUACGCGGAUUUCCAAAACCAAGCCUGGAAUUUGGUCUCCAGAAUUGACAGAAAUGCCGUUCGGGAUCCCAUAACUAGACGGCGGCUCCGUUAUUUAUCCGUCGUGGGACCUUCGGCACUGCCUCCCGAUCAACUGGACAGAUACAACCGGCUGAUCAACGACAUGCUGGCGAUUUACAACGGAGCGACCAUAUGCGCUUACAAUGACCCCUUCCGAUGCGGAUUGCGUUUGUAUCCAGAUGUAUCGCAAAUUAUGGCGAAAAGUCGGGACUGGGAUGAAUUGCAAUACGUGUGGACCGAGUGGAGAAGACGAAGCGGCACGCCAAUUAGAGAUCUCUAUCAACAACUCAUUACGCUGAACAAUGACGCCGCAAGAUUGAAUAACUUUACCGAUGCCGCUGAGUAUUGGAUGUUCCCUUACGAAUCCCCUAAUUUCCAGCAGGACGUUGAAGAGGUUUGGGAAACGAUACGUCCGCUUUACGAAGAACUGCACGCUUACGUUCGCAGGAAGUUGAGGGAACUCUACGGUCCUGAGAAAAUUGGCGGACAUGCGCCUCUUCCGUCUCACAUUCUUGGUAACGUGUGGGGACAAUCUUGGAGCAAUCUUUUGGACGUCUCUUUACCGUAUCCCGGAAAAGCGUACCCCGACGUCACGCAGGAAAUGCGAGCACAAGGCUACACACCGGUCGAUAUAGUUCGAGUGGCCGAUGAAUUUUACUUGUCCAUGAACUUGAGCGCUAUGCCGCCGGAAUUCUGGGCCGGAAGUAUAAUCGUCGAUCCGGGCGAUCGCCCGUUAAUCUGCCAAGCCUCCGCUUGGGACUUUUGCAAUCGCUUGGACUACAGGAUUAAAGUGUGCACGAAGGUGACAAUGAAGGAUUUGAUAACUCUGCAUCACGAAAUGGCACACAUCCAGUAUUUCCUGCGCUACAGCGGUCUGCCCCGCGAGUUUCGUGAUGGCGCCAAUCCAGGAUUCCACGAGGCGGUCGGCGAGGCGGUCGCUCUGAGCGUCGCGACACCGCGUCACCUGCAGACUCUCGGCCUGGCGAACAAAUACAUCGACGAGCGUUCCGCGGACAUCAACUACCUCUUCUCCUUGGCGAUGGAGAAGCUGGUGCUGAUGCCGUUCAGCAUUGCGAUGGACAGAUGGCGAUGGGACGUUUUCCGCGGUUACGUCAGCAAGGAGGAGUAUAAUUGUCACUGGCACAGGCUGAAGGAGCAGUACACGGGCACAAAACCGCCGGUCCUGAGAUCCGAGGACGACUUUGAUCCAGGUGCGAAGUACCACAUUCCGGCCAACAUCCCGUACAUAAGGAACUUCGUGGCCGGGGUGCUGCAGUUCCAGCUUUAUCGCGCGCUCUGCCAGGCCGCGGGACAGAGACACGUCGACAAUUUCAGGCGGCCGCUGCACAAGUGCGACUUCUACAGGAGCCCGGAGGCCGGCGGGAUCCUGGGGAGAUUGAUGGAGAAGGGCUCAUCUGUCCCAUGGCAGGAGACACUCCGGGAAGCCACCGGCGAGUUCAGAUUGGACGGAUCCGCUCUCAGGGAGUACUUCCAGCCGUUGGAGGACUGGCUGAGGACGGAGAAUCUGAGAACGGGCGAGGUCGUCGGUUGGUCAUACGACGGGGACUAUUGUAAGCGGAGCAUCGAGACCGCCGGGCUUCAAGUUUACGGCAGCGGUUUCUAUUACAAUGGCGGUACAUCAAUCUACGCGUCUUCAAUCGUGACAGGAAUUAUGAUUCUAUUGACUGCAUCGAUGUUUCACUGAACGUGAAUUAGCAAAUAGCUGACACGUCGCUGAGCGUUGCACUCUUCCUUUGGUGUGCAAGGAAAAGCUCGGUAUCGUUAAUUUGCCAGAAUAUACCAAAUUGUUUAAUUGCAUUAAGAUCGCCGCUGAAAUGUCGAGUGAAGGUAGUGCAAUCAUUCGUCCGAAUAAAUCUAAACAAAUCUAAUUAAACAUGGUAAGUUGGUAGCGAACCGGCGAUUAUUACUGCCAACGAGUAGCCGUCAAGAUGCGCUCCUGCAUUGCCGCGUGUGUUUUGUAACAUAAAAAUAUACGUAUUCUUAAACGUCUGUUCGCACCGUCGAGUCACUCAGUCGGAGUACUGCAUACACAUUAUAUGCAUAAUAGAGAGUAGAGAGACACAAUUAAGAAAUAUAAUUAAGAGCAUAUAUUAUAUUAUGCAAAGCGUGCAUGCCUGCGGAGAGCGUUGUGUGAGUGCGAGAGCGCGGAAGUCAUUUUGUACACUCGAGCAGCCCAUAAUUCACACUCUAUAACAUUAUUUACUUCACUGUUGGUAAAUGAAAUAAACUUUUGCCUUUGUUGUACACGCGUGUCGCUUACGUUGCUCACGAGACAGCACCGCUCAUUGUUCGUUCCUCGCAAUGACCCGUCUCCGUUUCUCCAACGCAGAUCCAAAGUUGCGACUGGACGCUCCAGUUCUGUCUUCGAGAUUGCACAAUAUCGGGAUUGCAAAAUAUCGGAACUUGUAAUAGCGCGUUGGGAUCGAUAAUUGGCACUUGUCCGAGCGUCCGGGGGUCCACGCGGAUCGAAUUUCUUUACAGUCCCGCGACUUCUCGAUCGCACAAAGAGAACUCGUUAACCCGGAGCCUCUAUACUUUCGCGACAGGUUGCGGGCGCAAGGGGGAGGUGAUUUUAUUUUGUAGAAAGAAGAUUCCAUAAUGGGGAAACGCAUAAAAGUUGCUCGACAACAAAGGCCGUGCCGGCUAAGACGGCUCCCUUAACUUGCGUAAUUGAAAGCCGGCGAAAUCGUAGCCGGGUGAAAUCGCGCCUUCGCUGUCAAAUUACGAGUAAGUUUGAUCGCGGGCCACUUUAAUUCCGCGUCGUUUUGUUGCGUAUCCUUUAUUGCCGCCGUUAGAUCACCCGUAUUCUUUUUGUAACGAUCAUUCUUUGCGUAUCAUACAUUUCCAUUCGCCGCGGCAUUAGCAGCGUCAAGGCGCGUAACGACCUCCAGGCAAUUUCGUUUCAAUUGACAAAUAGCACGAAAGUGCGUGAUUGCGCGGCGAUUCAUCGCCCGACCGCAUUCUUAACUUCCGACCUGUAGCAGCAAACAAUACAUGUACCAAAAAUUUUAAAUGAUAUAUCGAUUAAUAGAGACAUGCUCAAAACUGAUCGUAAAAAACGAAAUUAAUCGUUAAAAAAAUUGUAACGAAAUCGGGAAAGAAUAUUGUUGUAAUUUAAUUUAAUUUAUUAUUAUAAUCUAAUCACAAUUGUAGUUUAAUUUAUACAGCACGUGUGUAUGCGUGUUCUUCACGUUCGCAGUUUAUCAAACGGACAUGCGACGUCUUCGAGGAGUGAUAUUCUCGCUUUCUUGCGGAUCACAAACGCGCAGAAAUUAGCCGCAUGAAUAUUAAUAAUCGGCUGAGAAGUUACAGGACAAACGUCCCAUUAAGCGCUUUUGUUUUACGACAAAUCUCAUCCGAUCUUUCGUCGGCACGUCGACGUCACGCGUAGGACGACAGCUUUCACGAGCGGUGACAAGAGGUGGCAUUAUUGUUCGCGAAGGGGCAUAUGCCACGCAAUUGUGAGAGCACAAAGGUGGUCCCUGUCCAGAAACUGGUCCGCCCGUCUUGCGUAACGAGGAGACGCGGAAAUCGACCGCGUCGGGAAAAAGAAAUGCUUGCAUCACCGAACGCAUGCAACGCGGCACGUCGACGUGUUUCAUCGCGCGGCGCAUGUAUGCGGCCGGAAAUAUUUCUGAUCUUAUCACUUUGCGACGACGCGAUGCACACAUCUUACAAAUUAUAUUCAUACACCACGAAAGCGGAAUGGUCAACAUCGACACCGAUCGCGGGGAUUCAUCGAGCAUCGCCGUGAAUCCGGUGAUGAUUACCGCUUUCCACAUGUUGAUUCAUGAUUCUUGCUAAAUGUGUCACAAGCGCUCGAAUCUUCCAUCGAUAAACUUGACACGCGAUAAGAAUUUAAUUAAAAUAAAAUAAAAAGGAUAGCAAAAGCCUAGAAUCGCGAGAAUCACGUGCAGCACGCGUUGAUUAAUAUUAAAUUAAAUGAUUAUGAUGAUUAGUAUUAAAAGAUAAUAAAAAAGAAUUGUGUGCCG